UUGCCAACCCACCCACAGCUUGCUGUUUGUCCUCUGCUUCGUUCCCCAGUACUCCUGCAACACCACUUCAGUCAGGUGUUGUUCUUCAUGUCCUUUGAGAAACUGGAAUGUACCGAAAUCACACCAAAGACACCAACAACAACUGCAACAAAAACCUCCUGAAUGAUCACAAGGAAAAGCUUAUCCAGGCUAUUAAAAGAAUCAAGCAUGAGGUAGAUGUGUGCAGAGAAGCAGAGAGAGAGACGUUCAUAGAGUCAUUGGAUGUAGAGAACAGUUUUGAUGCCCUGGAACGAGAAAUCAGAGCUGAGUUUCAGAACCUGCAUCGUUUCCUAGAUGAGGAGGAGUAUAAUGACCUGGAACGAAUGAGGAGGGAGAGACAGAAACAAGUGAAGCAGCUGAAGGAGAGAGAGAAGAAGAUAGCAGCGCAAGGGAGAGACCUGGAGAGAGCAAUUGCGGUGCUCAACAGCAAACUGACCGAGGACGACAGCCCGAAACUGCUCAGAGAAAUUCAAGAUCUCACUAAAAGGUCUCAGGUCCGCUUUGUUCCUCCAGCGGAGGUGGACACUGAGGUGCGCUCUGGCCAGUUUGUGGGGCCCAUACAGUACAGGAUAUGGAAGCACAUGAAAAGCUGCCUUUACCCAAAUAUUACAUCAAUGACCUUUGACCCUGAGACAGCCCACCCUAAUCUGUCCAUGUCCCAGUCUUGCACCUCAGUAUGGUUUGAUGAGGAUAAAGACACCAGUGAUUGCCAACCCAACCCACAACGGUUCCAUUAUUAUUACUGUGUGCUCGGCCAUCAGAGCUUCACCACAGGCAGACACUACUGGGAGGUGGAGGUGGGACAUAAGACAGCAUGGAGGUUGGGUGUGGCACGAGCAGAUGUCCAAAGAGGGGAGAUGGAUGCUACUGGCACUUCCAGUGGCCUCUGGACGCUGGCCCUGAAGGGUGGAUCUGUCUUCGCCUGCACCGACCCGAAGCCCACCAAGGUCACAGUAUCUGUACAUCUUGUCCGAAUCGGUGUGUUUUUAGACUGCGAAAAGGAGGAGGUAUCUUUCUACAACGCUGUUACCAUGGCACCACUCUACACCUUCACUAUGGAAACGGUUGAGGUUCCUCUGUUCCCCUUCUAUAAUCCGUGUGACACAGAUGAGGGGAGGAACACAGCAGCACUAAAGAUCUUUAAACCUUCACUAUGAUUAGAAGCCACAGUCCAAUUGUAUGUUAUAUUAGUUGAACUAUUCUUACAUUUAUAGUUGACACUCUUAGAAAUAAAGGUACUAACUAGAACUCUAUGUAGUUCUUUGGUUUGUCCCUA